AUGGACCUACCCAAUGGCCAUGAUGGACCGUUCGAUUUCCUUGAUAGUUUGCGAAAGGGCAAGAGAUUCGACGGCCCUUUCCAAAUCUCAACGAACGACGAUCGUGCAUCAGGACAGCACGGUCAUGGUAUCAUAGCGAAAAGCUGGCCAAACGUCGGAAACCAUGCAUCCAUUCUUUCGAUGGAUAACAAUCGGUACGACAAAACAAGUAAGCGCAGCAUGGCAACCGAACGCCCGAAACGACAGACUCGUCUGACUGGAUUGACCCUCGAAAAUCGUCGAAGACUGGCCAAAGACCGCAUAAUACAGGGUGGGUGGAAACCGGACAUCACCGAGAUGGCGAUUGAGUACGUCGAGGCCAGGAAGUGGAACGACUCACCUGGCUCCGUCUCGGGUGUCAGGCAAUUUAUCAGGAAGGCUGAAGAUUUGGGUGAAUUGUGCAGCGACACCAGCAAGAUACGAGCCUUUCUGAACAGGCACAUUCAUGAGUUCAUAGCUUUCCAUGCUUGGGAGAAAGAUUUCAACGUACCGAAGUAUUUCGAAUUCAAAGCCGGCCAACGACGGACAGACAGAACAUUGAAAUACCCAUGGCUGCGAUCGUUCAUCCGCGAAUAUCAAGGCCAGGCUACAGAUCCUGCUGAGUCCUUGCUCCGAGAUUACAGAGAGCAGGUUGACGCGCUCCCCGCCAGUGUCGGCACGGAUCAAGACACUCGAGCGGAUCUUUGCGGGAACAGCGACAUGUCAAUUACCUACGCACCUGACAUUGAGGUCAUGGAUUCUUCACUCAAACAGGGAAUGGAAUCUCCUAGCAUUGAAACGUCUCUGGCGGUAGCAACAAAAGACGAUAAAAAGAAGCGACGGCAAACUUUCGACCUGACCGAGGGGCUUGAGAAUCAGGACCACGUUAAGAAAGUAAAAACAGAGGCCACGGAUGACGACUUCGUCGACAAUGGGGGCCAUCACCACAAAGCAAAUACUUCUGGAGCCAGAGCAGAGGAAAUGAAUGACGACAGAGUCAGAGACAACAGAAAGCGCACGUUGACUGUGCUUUUCCAUGGAAUGAAGAACGAUAGGGAAGAGGAAACAGAGCACGUGCAAGUUUACGUUCCGCGAAAUUGCAAGGGGGUCACAAUUCAUUUUCUUUGA